AUGAGUGUAACAAGUAUUCAUCAACAUGAUUUUGUUGAUAGUCACUACACGUCUGCUUACCAAAGUUUAACACUCAAUCUAGCCCGAGAAUGCGAAAAUACCGAUGGCUCGAGAAUUACUUUGUGUUUUAAAUAUCUUACAAAUAGAUCAAUAUCUAGUGACUUUACAAUAACUCUGUUAAAAAAUAAUCACGAAGUAUAUGCAGAGCAAAUGCGAAAUGAAUACAGAACAUCACAAAGCAAGGGAAAUGUAAUAUCGACUAGAUUUCCAUUCAAAUCGGGAUUUAAAAAUAAGGAAAACGAAUUAAUAAAGCUUGUCGAACCCUCCCUAUGUGGCAAGGGACAAACGACAUGUUGCAGAGACAAUUCCUUUUUCCAUUUGUUGGACAAAGAUGUCAAAAGAGCCAUUGAAAUUAUUAAUAAAACUGAUCGUCCCAUUCCCCAGCAACAACAGCAUCAUCAUCAUCAUUUCAAUGCAGUUGAGCAUACUAUUGACAUGUCGAAAUAUGAAAAACGUAAAAAAUGGCUAAGUGCUACAAAGUCUCCAUCCUCCAGUACCUCCAACCUCAAUUGUCAUACCCACCGUGAUGAAAUUCAUAGGAGCAACAGUAAUAAUUCAGGUAUUUUUCGGACAGCAAAUGUCAUCCAGAAAGUUAACGAUAAAAUUACAAAUAAUUUGAAGAGAAAAAAUUCAGUUAAUAAACAGUUUGUUUGUCCUGUCAAGAGAGAUAAUAAUAAUAAACGUCCUGAUGUUGAUAAUGGCAGUAAAGAUGAGGGGAGUGGUGAUGGAUUGUUAGACGAUGAGAGGCUAAAAAAUAUUGAUGAAAAAAUGAUUGAGUUGAUACGAAAUGAAAUAAUGGAUGGUGGAGCUACGGUUGAAUGGGAAGACGUUGCAGGUUUGGAGGGAGUUAAAAAAGUAAUCAAAGAGAUCGUUGUUUUUCCAAUGCUUCGGCCAGACAUAUUCACUGGCCUUCGUCGCCCUCCAAAAGGCAUUUUACUCUUUGGUCCCCCUGGAACUGGUAAAACUCUAAUUGGAAAAUGCGUCGCAUCCCAGAGUAAAUCAACGUUCUUCUCAAUAUCAGCCAGUUCAUUGACAUCUAAAUGGGUAGGAGAAGGGGAAAAAAUGGUGAGGGCAUUAUUUGCUGUUGCAAAGGUUCAUCAACCAUCUGUUAUCUUCAUCGACGAAAUCGAUUCACUCUUGACCCAACGUUCUGAAACUGAGCACGAGAGCUCGAGGAGGAUUAAAACAGAAUUUUUGGUACAACUUGAUGGUGCUACCACUGGAGAUGAUGACAGAGUUCUCGUUAUCGGGGCUACCAAUCGGCCCCAGGAAUUGGAUGAAGCUGCCAGACGGAGAUUUGUCAAGAGACUUUACAUUCCUCUUCCAGACAGCAACGCCAGAAGACAAAUUGUGAAAAAUCUUUUGAGAAAUGAACGCCAUAAUCUAUUUCCAUCGGAUGUUAUCGAUAUAGCUGAUCUAACGAGAGAUUAUUCUGGAGCUGACAUGGCCAAUCUAUGCAAGGAAGCGAGUAUGGGACCCAUCAGAAGCAUUCCAUUUGAACAACUCGAGAAUAUUCAUAAGGACAAUGUCAGAUGUGUCACCCUUGAGGAUUUCCAGCAAGCCAUCACUUUAGUGAGACCCAGUGUUUCACAGGCUGAUUUGAAUUUGUACAUUCAAUGGGAUAAAACAUUUGGAAGCGGAACAGCUGGCACUAGUACAACAUGAUUUACAUUUCUUCACAACGAUAUUUAUUGUUAACUAUUAUCUUUGUUUUUCCAAUAAAUUUUAUACAUGGAUAAAUUUUCGAAAGCAAUUGUGAAAGGAUUUUUCCAAAAAUUAUAGAAUUUUUCUUCCACGUUUUUUUUCUUCUCAUAUCACAGGAAGUAUACACAUUAAGGAGUAGCUAUGAGUAUACCUGAUUAUUAUCAAGUUGUACUUUUCAAUUUCGCAAUUGGGGUGUUGCAUGAUUUUAAAUGGUAUAAUAAAAAAAUUUCAUGAAAAAUAUUAAA